AUGGGGGCCAUCAAAUCUGCCAUCAAGGGCAACAAAGUGGGUGGUGUGGUUUGGUCCGUUUUCGACUGGUAUCCGUCCCACUACCCUGUCGAGGAGAGAAGGCUGCUUCGAAAGCUUGAUCUCUCCAUACUUGUCUUUGGAUGCCUUAGUUUCUUCUGCCGGUUCCUCGGACAGCAAAAUAUCACCAAUGCCUAUGUUUCGGGCAUGCGCGAAGAUCUAGGCGCUUUUGGCAAUGAGUUGAACUACUAUGUCGUUGCUUAUAACACGGCCUACGUCCUGGGCCAGAUCCCACUGAUGACUCUCCAGACCAAGGCAAAGAUUGCUCCAUUUCUCCUUCCAUCGCUGCAGAUUGUCUGGGCCGUCGUCGCGUUUUGCCAGUCCGAGAUCAAACAUAGUUGGCAUCUCUACAUCCUACGCGCCAUCACCGGCUUCCUCGAAGCCUCCUCCUUCGGCGGCACUCAUCUGAUUCUCGGCAGCUGGUUUAAAAACGAAGAACUCUUCAAGCGCGCCGGCGUCUGGUUCAUGGGCAACUCUCUCGGGUCCAUGUUUUCGGGUUACCUCCAGGCCGCGGCCUAUCGAAAUCUCGACGGAGUAUACGGCAGGGCGGGCUGGCGUUGGCUGUUCAUCGUGCAGGGCAUCAUUACGUUGCCGUUAGCAUUCCUGGGGUUUGCAUUCUGGCCCGGACUGCCGAGCUCGCCAAGACGGUGGUUCUUCACGGCGGAGGACCACGCGUUGGCCGUCAAGCGGAUCCCGACCGUUGAGAACGAGGGAAUCACCUGGAAGACAUUCAAGUACACUCUGUCACGGCCAAUGUGGUGGAUAUGCGUGCCGUGUUACAUCAUGCUAUGCCAGGCACAUUACUGGACCGGUUACAUGGCGCUGUGGUUGCGUCACGCCGGCUACUCGAUCGAGCUGGUCAAUAUCCUGCCGACCUUUAUCGAUCUGCUGCGGGCUCUGUCGUCAUGGCUAGGGACUACGCUGGCGGGCUGCCUCAGCCUCAGGGGGCUCUGGUCAUUUCAGGCUUCCUUUGUGUUCUUUGCGCUCAUCGUGCUAUCCGUCUGGAACGUGCCCGAUGUGCUUAAGUUCUGCGCCUUCUACUUUGGCGGCUUCUCUGGCAUGGCGUCUCCCAUCCUGUAUUCGUGGGUCAAUUUUACCCUCAAGGAAAACUACGGCGAGCGCGGACUGAUCAUAUCGUCCAUGAUGACGCUGGGCUUCUGUAACCAGAUCUGGAUCCCACUGUUCACGUUCCCGACGGUCGAGGCGCCGCGGUUUCCCAACGGGUACCCUGCUGCAACAGUCUUCGAGUUUAUCAUGUGGGCGAUCCUGAUGUUCGGCAUAUGGUACAUGAAGCGAUGGAAGCAGAGGAAUCCUGACCUCGAGAUGCGACUGGCGCGUGAGGCGGCGACACGUGCAGAAGGUGGCGACGGUAGCCCGUCGGUGCUGGGUUCAGAAUCGGAGGGGAUAGAAGAUGGCAAAGGCAAUACGGCAAGCUAA